UAAGCCGGGCACCUGCGAACCCGCCCUCCGGACGUCUUUCCUGGCGUCCUGUCUCCUAGCAACGGCGCUGGCCUUUCCAGGAAUCGAAAUUUCUCUUCCACAUGCACCGCCCUCUACCCACAAACCCCCAGAUUGCAGCCAGCAAAUCCCCUUUACACCCGUCAAACUCCAGACCCUCCACCCCAAUUUACUUUAGUCUUCUACCCUACCUCAAUAAUUUGCUCUGAAUCAACCCUUGUCCACCAAGUCUCUUAGCUUCUCUCCUCAUAACGUUCUGGGUUCCGCCAUCCCCAGGGACUAGGCUGUCCAAACUGCUCUCCUUCUCCUUGUUCCAGUCCCGCCCCAAGACAGCCGCCUUUAGAUCAUGCCUGGAGCCAAGCUUGCCCAGAGUCCAGAGAAAGGGGUUGUGUGCAUUACCGAAGCCCUUAUCACUAAGCGGAACUUGGCCUUCCCUGAGGAUGAGUGUCUGUCAGAGAAAAUAGACCAGAGAAGUGGCACUCUGUUACACCACCCUGCUGACCAUUCUCCCAGGUUUAACACUCUUGCUGAACUGCAGACUAUUCGCCUGGACCGGGAGGGGAUUACCACUAUCCAGAACCUAGAAGGCCUCCAGAAUCUUCACAGCCUCUAUCUGCAAGCGAAUAAGAUCCAGCGAAUUGAGAACCUGGCCUGCAUUCCCUCCUUGUGCUUCCUGUCUCUGGCAGGAAACCAAAUCAGGCAGGUGGAGAACCUCCGUGACCUCCCACACCUCCAGUUUCUGGACCUUUCUGAGAACCUGAUAGAAACACUGAAGCUGGAUGAGUUCCCGCAGAGCCUUCUCAUCCUUAAUCUGAUUGGAAACAGCUGUACCAAGCAGGAUGGCUACAGGGAGCUGGUAACAGAAGCCCUGCCCCUGCUCCUGGACCUGGACGGACAGCCUAUAUUAGAGCGCUGGGCUUCAGAUGAGGAGGAUCAAGCCUCAGGCAGUGAGGAUGACGAGUUCCCAGAGCUGAGUGGCCCAUUCUGCUCUGAGCGAGGCUUCCUCAAGGAGCUUGAGCAGGAGAUGAGCCUGCACAAGGAACACAGGCAGCGGGCAGCCCUAACUGAGCACCUUCUGAGGAUGGAGACACAGCCCAUCCUCACCGACCUCCCCCAGCUCCCCGGGACACCCACGGCUGAGGACAGUAGUCCUUCUGUCACUCCCAGGCAAGGGAAGGAGGCACCCCCCAAACCCACCUCCUUGCCACAAGCCUCCCCUGCCACCAAGAAACUGUGCCCUCUGGUUUCCAGAGGCCAGCAGAGCGCUGUCCAGGCAAGGGGUAGGGCCAGAGCAGCUGCAGCCCCCAAGGACUCUCUGGCUAAGGCCCCCAGCAUGACCAAAACUGUGACCAAAAGAAUAAAGAAAUGAAGUGCAACUCAGCCCAUCAGCAAAGCCCCAGGCCUAGGGAAUGGUGAAGGGCAAGGAGUGGGCCCCCGUUCUCAGAGCCCUCACCUGCGGCAGGAACCUAUCCCCAAUAAAGUGUCUCCAGGC